AUGAGUAGGCAUUUAAUCAUUUUACCUUGUCAUUCUAUAUGGACACCAGGUGCUACACUAGGAGAACUGAGAGAUGAAUGGAGUUUAGUAAGUUUCCAAAUUGAAGGCUAUGACCACCUAUGCUUUAAGGAUCAUAUUCUUAAAAGUUUGAACAUUUUGGAACAAGAUAAGGACGCAACGUUGAUUAUAUCGGGAGGUCAAACAAAACAAGAAUCAGGCCCAAUAUCAGAAGCUCUAUCGUAUUAUCAGUUAGCUACAAAAUUGACCAACGAUAUUGAAUUGGUCCAAAGAAUCAAUACGGAGGAGUUUGCUAGGGACUCAUUUGAGAAUGUUCUAUUUCUGCUUUGUAGAUAUUUUGAAUUACAUGAAGCUUAUCCAGAAAAAAUAACUAUAGUUGGAUUCGAAUUCAAGAGGCAAAGAUUUUUAGAGAAUCAUUUAAAGCAGGCAUUAUCCUUCUCAAGAAAUGUAAAUUACGUUGGCAAUGCACCCACUCCCAAAGACUUAGACGAAGAAGGACAAAUCAACUAUUUUCAGGAUUUAGAACAACAAGAAUAUAAACAUGCCGUUCUGCAUUUUGAAAAGGAUUGGUACAGUAUUAGAAGUCCAUUAUUAGAUAAGAAAAUGAAACGAGAUCCAUUCAGCAGAUACCAUGGAUAUUGUCAAAGUAACCCUAAAUUGGCAAAGUUUCUAGUUGCCAUUAGCGAUCAAGAGAAUCAGGAGGAGAACUUGAGAUCAAACGAAAGUAUUCAGAGCUUACUAACUGAUUUCACAUAG